UUAUUUUUAGAGAUGCUUUUCGCAAUAGAUCCAAGUUUGAACACCCUUGGAGGUUCAUCCGAAGGCGAUGGGAAGGUUAAAAUGGAGGAGCUUGACACAGAAAUUUUUGAGGCAUCAUCUCCCUCAAUUCUACUAGCCAAUGAGCAACCUAUGACACCAGUGCCCAAGGAUGUUCAAGUAAAAAAUGAAUCGAAUUAAAUUAUUAAGAUUACUUUUAAAAAUAUUUUUUUUGAUUUUUUACAAAUUAUUUUAGUUUUUCUGGGUAGAUAAAAAUAUUAUAUAAAUAUAUUUUUCUGGAGUGAACAAGAGAUCUAGCUGGGCCUGGACCAAGGCAUGGGUUUUUCCUGUACCCAGAGUUCAGGCCUAGGCAUUUUUUGACCUUCCUGUGUUUUUCCUGGACUACAGGCCCAGGAUCCGGCCCAGGUCAAUAAAUCAGACACGGAACAAGCCCAGGCUUUUCAAAAAUCUCGAUCUCUUGUGUGAACAUGUUAUCGGCUUUUAAGGAGAUAUUGCUAAAUUUUUUAAAAGUUUCCGACUUGAUUUUCGACAUUUCUGUCCGUUCCAUUUCUAAUUUUCUGUUUACUAAUCUUUCAUAAAAUAUUUCAAAUUAUUUUUCAGAGUAUAUCCAGCGAAGGGAUAUUUCUCCUCAUAUUUUUAAUCCUAAAAAAUUUUCGCCUUUCUUUUUCCUCCAAUUUUCGCCUUUUUAGGGUCUCAACUUUCGCCAUUCAUUUUUUAAAUUACCCUUUAUAUUUUCGACUUUAUUUUUUUCGCCAUUCGUCUUUCACUUUUUGCCGAAUCAGUUUUGACCCACCCCGGAGUGCCCACCUAUAUUUUUCUAUUUUUAUUAAUUUUUAUUUCUAAAAAUUUUUUUUCAUCUUUUCUCUCACUUCUCCCAUUAAUUUUAUUUUCAAAUAUUUUCCCAGAAAUACAGAAGAAUCUUUUU